AUAUAUAUAUUGGUGUAUGUAUUGUAGGGGUUUUGUUGGGCGUUUUGCUGGAGAUGCACCUUUGUUCGGCAGUAAAGGUGUGGAGGCUUGAAUAGAUUGUUCAUUGGUGGAUUGUGUUUACUAUUCUGACGGGUCACUUUAGAUGGAGACUCGUAUAGAUUUCUUGCGAUGGCUUCAAACUGACAUGGCACUGAAUAUCCUAAUGUUUCUAGAUGAUCCAGCUGAUCUUGUUCGUGCUAGCGCGGUCUCGUGCUUCUGGCGCCAUUUUGUGAUUGCAAAUGGACUUUGUAAGCAGCUGUGUGUGAGAAUGUUUCCACAGCUCUCCAGUGUUGCUCAUGUGAUUGAAACUAGUUGCUGCUGCAAAGCAAAAAAAUCGGUUGGUGUUGAAUCUAGCAAUCUCAUGGAAUGGGAAGCUCUUGAGAGGGAUCACAUAGCCUAUGCUCCUCUAUUUCGAGCUCUUACAGGGUUUGCAUUAAGUGAUUGCAUAGCAGGUGCAGUUGGGGCUUCUAGCACUGAUAACUAUCCAUUUGAAAGCAUUGCAAAUACUUUAGAACCAGGGGACAGAGUACAACGGAGAGCCUCAUACUGGUCAAGUAAAGGACACCGUGAUCCUGCUGCACCUGAGACACUACUAUACAAAUUAAGUGCUGAUCUUUGUGUGAUUACUCAAAUAAAUAUACGACCCUUCCAAGCUUAUUUUCAAUUGGGCCAUCCCAUAUACUCUGCAAAAGCUGUGCGAUUCCGAUUUGGUCAUGCCAAGUCCCUGGAGGAUAUAGAGGGUGAUCUCAUGCAUCUGCCAUUACUACAACCUGCUGAUGACAAGUUCAUAUGGACAUACACGUCAAUAGAGUUUCCAAUGGCUCAGGAAAAUUCCUUGCAGAUAAUCAAGCUGCCAGAACCUGUUCUUUGCAUUGGUGGAUUUUUGCAGAUUGAGCUGUUGGGUAGGGUUCAGAGACAAGAUAUGGAUGGUUUAUUUUACAUAUGUGUGUCUCAUGUUCAAGUGGUGGGGCGAUCACUGCCCCCUACAAUUGGUAUUGAGAUUCUUGAACCAUCGGGGAAGUUUUCAUUGAAGUAUGACUCUGGGGCUUUUGAUCAUACCUUGACAAGCUCUUCUUAUGGUGGUCCUCCAGUCUCUUCUGUUGUGCCCCCAUUGCCACCGGAAGAGAUGUUGUGGGGACGUCUGGGAAAUUUGGUGCAGUUUCUGAUUCAGGGAAAUGAACCAGAUGUUGAGCCCCUUGAAUGGGACGAUGUGGACGAUGAUGAGGACAAUGAGGUGGAUGAGGGAGUUAUUCUCUAGGCCUGGUGUAUGUAAUUUGAUUCCUUUUUUCAGCUGUUUUUAUCAACUUAUCAAAACUUUUGAUACUUCCAAUGGCUUCUACACUGCUUGAAAAUCCUUGUAAGUGAGGGGUGUUCAUUUAGCUUUUUUAUUUUAGUCCACCUAUUACCGUGACAGACCUUCCUUUGUAUUAUUUCAAUGUGACGUGGGAGAUCCAACAUAUGUAGUAAUCAUCUUUACGUAUAAUAAAUGUUUUCAGACGAGUUCUUAGUUUACCACUGGUCGUGGUUUAAAUAUUCAAGUCAUUUUAGAGUUUUAUCAACAAUUUGCUUAGGUAGCUGGG